AUGUACUGCAGGAUUAGGCUGCUGCCUUCAUCUGCAGGACCCCUAACUCUCUGCCCCCUUUUCUCUUCCUUUCCAGGCUCCACUUCUCACUCCCUGCGCUACUUCUACACAGCCGUGUCUGAGCCUGGCCAGGGGCUGCCCCAGUUCAUUGAUGUGGGGUACGUGGAUGACCAGCAAAUUAUUCAGUAUGACAGUGACACUAAGGAAUAUCUUCCUCGCGUCCCCUGGAUGAGGAAGGCAGAAAAGGAGGAUCCUCAGUACUGGCACAAGCAGACUCAGAUCGCUCAGGGCAAUCAGCUGGCAUUCAGGGUGAGUCUGCAGAAUCUGCAGAAUCGCUACAACCAGAGCAGAGGGAUCCACACCUAUCAGCUGAUGUACGGCUGUGAGCUGAGUUCAGACGGGCGCAAAGGAGGGCAUCACCAGUACAGCUACGACGGGAGAGACUUCAUUGCCUUUGACAAGGAGACCCUCACCUGGACGGCAGCUGAUACAGGGGCCCAAGUGACCAAGAGGAAGUGGGAUCCUGACUUGGCCUGGAACCAGGGCAGAAAGGCCUACCUGGAGGAGAUUUGCAUUGAGUGGCUGCAGAGAUACCUGGAGUACGGGAAUGAGACUCUUCUGAGGACAGAGGCUCCGGUGGUGAAGGUGACCAGGAAGGCAGACUAUGACGGCCUGGAGACCCUCGUUUGCCAAGUCCACGGCUUCUACCCCCAGGAGAUUGAGGCCAACUGGGUGAAGGACGGGAAGGUCUGGCAGGAGGGCACCCUCCGAGGAUUGGUCGCCCCCAACUCGGACGGGACCUACUAUCUCUUGCUCAGUGUCCAGAUCGACCCCGAGGAGAGGGAGCGCUUCCGGUGCCGCGUGGAGCAUGACAGCCUGGAGAAGCCUCUGGACGUGGCCUGGGAGAAGGAGCCUGUCAACCUGGGGCUCAUUGUGGGAGCCAUUCUGGGUGUCAUGGCUGCCAUCCUGCUGGUCUCUGGGAUCAUCUACUUCUUCAUCCGCAGGAAACGGAGUGAGAAAUCAGCCUACAAAGCAGCCUCAACAAGUGACCAGGGGUCCAACAGCUCUGCCAGCGUUUCAUACAAGCCCAGUGUGUGAGAUGAGACCAGAAGGAGCCUGCCCAAGUUUGGCUGUGAAUUGCAGAGGGCUCAGAUCCCCUCCCGUCCUUAAAUGCUGUUUCUGAUGUUUCUUAAUCCUGGUUCUCACCCAUCUAUUCUGACUUCAGCUGUAACUUGUAUUUGAGGAUAAUCAUGUUUUUCGGAUGGAUUUUGGCCAAUUUUUGCUUUGCAACUGAUUUUCAGAAAUGUUCUUGUAUUAAUCAGAAAUGUGCCAGAUAUACGCAACUAAAAGCUUUAAAAAGG